AUUUAUUUAAGCUUAGCAUUUCUGUAAAUUUAUAUUUGCCAAUGAAAAAAGACCAAGACUACCCAAAUAUUUUAAAUUAAAAUGAAGAGAAUGAUAAAAAUUCUGAAGAACCACAAACAGUCAUUAUUCGUCAACCGCUCAAUGUAGUAGAAACUUAAAACUUUUUUGUUUUGGAAUUUAAGCCUAAUACAAUGAGCUAGCUUAACCUUUUACGAUUCAAACGUUCCUUGGCCAAAAAGAUUAUCAAAAAACUAAACAAAUGAAAAGACUCAUGAUUUUUCCUAUAUUUAUCAAAUACCUAAACAAAUUUAUA